CCCGCCCCCUCGCCGGAGCCGCGGCGGCGCAGGGGAAGGGGCGGGCUGGUGGGGGCGCCGCUCUCUCCUCCCACCUCGCUCCCGCCGCGCGCGGCUUCCCGACUCUGGGCGAGCAGGCGAGGCAGGCGCGGGGGCCGCCCCGCUUCCUUGUCGCCGGCGGCGGCGUCUCGGGCGGACGCGCGCCGCGAUGGCAGCGGUGGACCUGGGCUGAGCCCGCCGCCCGCCUGCCCACCCGCAGCCCCGGCGCCUCUGGCCCCAGCCAUGGCGAAGCAGUACGAUGUGCUGUUCCGGCUGCUGCUGAUUGGGGACUCCGGGGUGGGCAAGACCUGCCUGCUGUGCCGCUUCACCGACAAUGAGUUCCACUCCUCGCACAUCUCCACCAUCGGUGUUGACUUUAAGAUGAAGACAAUAGAGGUAGAUGGCAUCAAAGUGCGGAUACAGAUUUGGGACACAGCAGGGCAGGAGAGGUACCAGACCAUCACAAAGCAGUACUAUCGCCGGGCCCAGGGAAUAUUUUUAGUAUAUGACAUUAGCAGCGAGCGAUCGUACCAGCACAUCAUGAAGUGGGUCAGUGAUGUGGAUGAGUAUGCACCAGAAGGCGUCCAGAAGAUCCUUAUAGGGAAUAAGGCUGAUGAAGAGCAGAAGCGGCAAGUGGGAAGAGAGCAAGGACAACAGCUGGCUAAGGAGUAUGGCAUGGACUUCUAUGAAACAAGUGCCUGCACCAACCUCAACAUUAAAGAGUCUUUUACUCGGUUGACGGAGCUGGUGCUGCAGGCCCAUAGGAAGGAGCUGGAUGGUGUCCGGACGCGUGCCAACAAUGAGGUGGCCUUGGCAGAGCUGGAGGAGGAUGACCGCAAACCAGAGGGCCCAGCAAACACUUCAAAAACCUGCUGGUGCUGAUGGGCCUGCAUGGAGCACCCACACAACCCCUACCCCUGCCAGGAGGCUGGUGGGCAGAUAGGAGCUGGGGCUCUGCCCUGCUCCUCCUCAUUUGGGUGACCCUGUGGAAUAUCAGUAGCUGCUACUCCCCCUGCCUGGCUCUGAGAGCAGCCUCUGCCCUCUUGGGGGCGCCUUUUAGCCUGUCUCCCUGGCUGCAGGCCUGCUCUGACCUCCCCCAACGUCUUACCACCUGAGUUCCCCAGACAAUGGCUGAGUCUAGCGCCAAGACCACUUUGAGGCUUCUCCUUUCUCAUUUUCUUUCUCUGGCCCCUCCCCCCCCCCCCAGUGUGUUUUAUCUCACAACCCCUCACUCCCCUCUCCCUGUGUGUCCUGCUAUGUGGCUGCUGGUGCAGCUGCUUCUUUCCCUUCCUUCAUAGUCCUGCCCAGGAGAAUAGAUUCAGGCUUAUGGUGGGGAGGUUCCAUGUCGACCUCUGGGCAAACUGCUUUGUUGGAGGGGUGGGCUGAUAAAUUGAGGGUGGGGGUUGCUUUUUCCUAGCCUGUCCUCCCCACCUUCACCAGUGGUCUAGGAACAUGAAAUACCCAGGUUGGAAGGAAGCAGCCAAACUGAUGAUCUGCUCUGGGGCUGUUGUACAUCUCCCUGCCCCACCUCACCACCCCACCUCUCCUGGCUUUGGUCUCGUUUGGCUGUCUGCCCACCUGCUUCCCGGGGGGCGGGGGGGGGGGAGCUGGGCUCAGAGGCAGGUGCUUCAGAGAAGAAGAAAUGAUGAGGGGUGGCAGGGAUGAAAAGUCACUUCCAUUCUCUACCUCCCAUGCAGCAUGAACUCAGUUCCUCCCCAGCUGUGCUCCUGGAUUUAAAGAUGUUGACCAACGCCUGAGGGUGCUGAAGGAUGAGGAGGGACACAGGACCAGUGGUAGUGACAAGCCCACCACAUGGUUCAGGGAAGGGAGUCUUUAGAAAGGACUAGCUUCCUACAUGACUGCAAGCCAGGGACAGACACUUGCAAACCAGAAGUCAGUAUGGCGGCAGCAGCAAGGCUUCCUGAGUCCCCUUCUUCUGUUUGUGAGAGAGGCAUUUCCCCACAACUUCCUGGCAGUAAUUUUCACUGAGCCCACCCUUCAGCUCACAGGGUUUCCUGAAACUCAAAGAGUUUUGGGGAUGAAGGAAAGAGGCCCUGGGUGAGAAUGCUUGGUGCUGUUCAAGACAAAGCACUCACCUUGCCCCUCUAGCUCCUGAGUAAGAGGCUUGAGGGUUUGCCAACUGCACUGUGGCUACUGGCCCAGGGUAGCAAACCUCUCUUCCCUUUCCCCCCACCCCCGGAAGAAGUUCCUUAACCCAAGAGUAAAUUGAAGGAGGCCCUUUAAGGAAGAAUAUGAUCAUUAUUAGUGUUGGUUGGGUUUCCCCCACCCCUCCAAGGUGGGAGAACCCUAGGUAGAAAGAUCACUCUUAAAAUGUGCAUUAGCUGCAUUGCACAUCUGGGGCUGAAGCCAAAACAAAGACGUAAGCAUUGAGCAUUCACAAUCUUAAGGACCAAAGUUCACACAUGUGAAGGUUUAAGAGCCCCCGCUCCAAAUAAGAGCAGGGGCUGGAAUUACAAAACCUUUCCUCCUGACUCUUAGAUACUAGGAAAUAGCAGGAGAGGAUAGCUCAGGAUUUAGGGAUCAGGUGGGGUCAGGCUGACAUAGUGGAAGGACAAAGGAGAGUGAAAGUACUGGAUCACUCGCUAAUGAGACACUUAGCUGACUUUCAGGUGAAGUCCUGACCAUGGCUGGGGAUAUUUCCUCAAAGAUUGACUCCUCGUGUUUUGGGACAUGUGACCCAGGGUGUGGGGAGUUCAGGAAGGCCAACUUCUGGUCUGCCCUCAACCAGGAGCUUCAGGAAGGGAAGUCAUGGGCAUUGCCUGUGUUGCUGCGUUCCUUGAGGAUCAGGCAGAGCCCCCUUGCCUUUCUCUCCUACCCGUUCAGGUCAGGGAUGAUAUUUUUAUACUGCACCCUAGUGCUUAUUGAUGGGAAAUACAGGGUUGGGAUUCUGUGAUCUGAUUAGCUCCAUCCACAAGCGCCAUGGCUAGGGAAGGGCGAGUGAACAGGAGGAGGGCUGGGGUCUUGAGACGUAGCUAGGCUUACCAGGUGUGAGUUGCCCUCUCCCUGCGAAAUUUCUUUGGUCCAGAGGAUAGCCUGGGAUGUGGCUUUAGGCCCAGACUGUUGAGCAGGCGCUCCUGCCUGUUUACUCUGCACCACUUCUGCACCUGCUGUCUUGAGACUCAGCUCAGCCCCAGGCCUUUCACCUGCUCCUGAGCCCCCACCAUCUCCCUGUGACGGGUGAACUCUGUGUACUGUGUCUCGGGUCCAAUAUAUGAAUUGUGAGCAGGGUUCAUCUAUUUUAAACAGAUGUUUACAAAAUAAAGAAUAUUUCAAACCACA